CAGGAGCUAAUACGUCAAUAGGCCGCGCCUCGGACUGAAACUCGCCUUCCGGAAGGAAGCCCGAGAGGCUGAUUAUGGCGACCACCGCCGAGCAGUGGGUGCUGGUGGAGAUGGUACAGGCGCUAUACGAGGCUCCUGCUUACCAUCUUAUCUUGGAAGGAAUUCUAAUACUCUGGAUAAUCAGACUUCUUUUCUCUAAAACUUACAAACUGCAAGAACGAUCUGAUCUUACAGUCAAGGAAAAAGAAGAAUUGAUCGAAGAGUGGCAACCAGAACCUCUUGUUCCUCCUAUCUCAAAAGACCAUCCUGCUCUCAACUACAACAUUGUUUCAGGCCCUCCAAGCCACAACAUCAUAGUGAAUGGAAAAGAAUGUAUCAACUUUGCCUCAUUUAAUUUUCUUGGAUUGUUGGAUAACCCUAGGGUCAAGGCAGCAGCUUUGGCAUCUCUAAAGAAGUACGGUGUGGGGACUUGUGGACCUAGAGGAUUUUAUGGCACAUUUGAUGUGCACUUGGAUUUGGAAGACCGUCUAGCAAAAUUUAUGAAGACAGAAGAAGCCAUAAUCUACUCAUAUGGAUUUGCUACCAUAGCCAGUGCUAUUCCUGCUUACUCUAAGAGAGGAGACAUUGUGUUUGUAGAUAGAGCUGCCUGCUUUGCUAUUCAGAAAGGAUUACAGGCAUCACGUAGUGACAUUAAGUUAUUUGAGCAUAAUGAUAUGGCUGACCUGGAGCGACUGCUAAAAGAACAAGAGAUCGAAGAUCAAAAGAACCCUCGCAAGGCUCGUGUAACUCGACGUUUCAUUGUAGUUGAAGGGUUGUAUAUGAAUACUGGAACUAUUUGUCCUCUUCCAGAAUUGGUUAAUUUAAAAUACAAAUACAAAGCCAGGAUCUUUCUGGAAGAAAGCCUUUCGUUUGGAGUCCUGGGGGAGCAUGGCCGAGGAGUCACUGAACAUUUUGGAAUCAAUAUCGAUGAUAUUGAUCUUAUUAGCGCCAACAUGGAGAAUUCGCUUGCUUCUAUUGGGGGUUUCUGCUGUGGCAGGUCUUUUGUAAUUGACCAUCAGAGACUUUCUGGCCAGGGAUACUGCUUUUCAGCUUCGUUACCUCCCCUAUUAGCUGCUGCCGCGAUCGAGGCCCUCAACAUCAUGGAAGAGAAUCCAGGUAUUUUUGCAGUGUUGAAAGAAAAGUGCAAACGAAUUCAUAAAGCUUUACAAGGCAUUUCUGGGUUAAAAGUGGUUGGGGAGGCACUGUCUCCAGCUUUUCACCUGCAGCUGCAAGAGAGCACUGGGUCACGAGAAAAUGAUGUGAAACUACUUCAGGAAAUUGUAAAUCAAUGCAUGAACAGAAGCAUCGCAUUAACUCAGGCACGCUACUUGGAGAAAGAAGAGAAGUGCCUCCCUCCUCCAAGCAUUAGGGUUGUGGUCACAGUGGAACAAACAGAAGAGGAGCUGGAGAAAGCCGCAUCCACGAUCAAGGAGGUGGCCCAGGCUGUCCUGCUGUAGUCCGUUGCAGGGCCUGGUGGCCACUGCAUGACAUACACAGGCCUCAGUGGUGCUGGGAGGGAGCAGCAAGAGGCCCUUCGCACUCCUGACACUGCUGUUGAAGCUGCAGCAGGUGUGCGCUCAGUGUGUGCCCAUAAGCCCGAUGCUGGUUAUUUCUACAAAGAAAACAUCUCAAAGCCCGAGAACUGAUUUUUUUUUUUUUUUUUUAAAGAAAACUAUUGACAGCAUAUAACUGGUAUUUAAAUUGUGCUGUUUAUUUAGUACUACUUAAGUGUUUUAUUAUACUAGUAGUUUAUAUUCUUUUUUGUUGUCACUGUUUAAAAAUGGAGCUUCAGUUUUUCUUCUCUCCUUUGUACUGGUGAAGAUUCUGUAAGCACUCUUUAAGACUUCAUAGAAAAAUGUCUGCAAUAUGUAUGUAUCCUUGAAGAUUUCAUUCAACUCUGUCUUUUCUAGUCUUCAUCCUGUGAAGCUCAGCAGUGGCUAACAUAUAAAGGAAUACUUUUUGUGCAGUUAUCAUAAACUUUUCAUUCUAUAUGAAUCUAGAAUUUUUAUAAACACUAAACACUGCUGUUACAUCAUUUUGGACAGCUAAUUUGAGAAUCUCUAACCAGAGAAUAGUCAUAAUACUUUCUAAGUGAGCAAUAAUUUAAAGCAGAUAUUAUUUUAUUUUACUAGAAUUUACCUUUCCAUUUAUUAUAUGUAGACCUAAUCUUUUAGGAAGAGGGUAGUUGUGAUGAUCCUAAAAUAUAAAUUAUGUCCUCACUGUUUUUUAACACCUUCAGUGUAUUCCUUUUUUGUAUAGUGGGUUUGCCUUUGUAUAGGGACAUGUAACUAUAGACUUUUUAUAAGCUAAGGGAAAUGAGAAGUUGUUUUCUUUUCAGCUUAUUAAUUCCAAAUAUUCAAAAAUGAUGUAAGUUCUAAAAAUAAAAUGUUUAAGCUGUACUUCAGCUGUGUUUUUUCCUUAGCAAACCAAGUUAGGUGGUAUAAAUGUGUGUGAUGUUCCACACAUGUUGCAUAAAUUUACACCAUUAUUUUUUCUCUUAUUAAAGGUAAAGGAAUGGAAUUGUAAAAAUAUCAAUUUUAUAAUUUAUGUUCACAAUCCUUUUAAAUCACACAUU